AUGGUGUGGCUCAUGUCGGCUUUGGUAUGGAUAUGGGUGUUUGCCCUUCCACGCGUCAAGGCGUUGUGCCCAGAGAUGUGUAUGACAAGCACCGGGCAACAAUGGCCAUGCAGAUUCUACAACAAUGGAUGUGAGGUUGGCAUGAACAAUAACCCGAACCGAAGCUCUGCAGAUGACUUGCACAUCGCAGUCAUUGGACCCUACAGCGGCAACAUCGGUGAUAUCAUGACCUCUGCCGAGCCCCUCUUGGCAAUUGCCGCGCAGGAAAUCGAAGACAGUGACAUCCUCCCAGGCUAUCGUAUACAUGCGCAUUUAGCGGAUUCCGGAUGUUCGGAAGCGGGUGGAACAUCAGCAGCAAUAGCGUCGUUGAUACGCGGACCGAAGAAGCAUGCCAUCCUCGGGGAUUGCUGCAGUCAGUCCUGUGCGGCGAUUAAUGAUGCCAUGCAGUUGUUCAAUGUCUUGCAAAUUUCCCCAGGAUGUGAUUCGCCCAGUCUCAGCGAUCGAGAACGAUUCCCAUAUUUCACCCGAAUGAGCCCGUCGGAUCGUUACAAGGUCAUCGCCAUCUAUGAAGUCAUGAAGAUGCUAAAUGUCCAGCGGGUGAGCACCAUAAGUGGCCCAAUCUAUACGGAAGGCGCCAAAGCCUUUUUCCACGAAUUGAUAAAGCGGGAUUUGGAGAAUGGCACGUAUCCGUGGACCAUCUUAGCAGAUACUUCCAUCGGAUUCGGCAGCAUGGAGGAUUAUGUCAUGGUUGCAGAUACCUUGAAGAAGAGGGAUUCCCGAAUCAACAUGAUGGCCUUGCCAGAGUUUCUGCGGCGUUCUUCAUCAGGUUCUUUGAAUUUUGUUGCCAAGCUCAAAGUUUCUUCAA